AUGAAUAUAGACGAUGUACUUAAUGAAUGCAAAACAAACAAGUCGGAGUCUUUAAACAUCAGCCAUCGCGGUUUGGUUGUACUGCCAGAUCGCAUCUCAGAGCUGAUCACUUUAAAGAAACUAUUUCUGAACAACAAUCAUCUGAUUUUACCCCCUGAAGAGAUUCUGCACCUUGAACAGCUUGAGGAAUUGUGCCUAGAUCAAAACCAGCUGACUGUUCUUCCUAAUAACAUCAGCUUCCUGAAACACCUGACAUACCUGGGAAUAAACCACAACCCUAUGUCUGUCCUUCCCGAAGAUUUGGGAGAACUGAGAGAACUCAGAGAGCUCUGGGCCAUAAACUGCGGACUUAUUUCCAUCCCACCAUCUAUUGGCAAACUCGACAAGUUGCAAAAACUUGGUCUGAGUAGUAAUUCCAUCACUGCGUUGCCACCACAAUUUGGGAACCUCAAAAGUCUGCAGUGGUUAAACUUGGCUGAUAAUAAAAUAGAGGAUGUACCAGAGGAUUUGAAAAACUUGCAGUCACUAGUCUUCAUCAACUUGAAUAAGAACAGCUUCAAAAAGAUUCCAAAGGCACUCAUAGAAAUGCCAAGCCUUCAGGUUCUUCUUAUGAACUUCAAUAGUAUUACAUCACUUGAGGAUGAUUUAGUUCUAGGUUUCAGCAAACUUAUAAAACUUGACCUCAGGCAAAACACGUUAACACUCAGACCACAUCACUGGAAGGGUCUGGAUUUUAUAUUGCUAGGCAGCACAGAAACCUCAAUGGAUGAUAUAUGACAAAUACACAAUAAAUCCGACUCGUCCAGUGUUUGCUUUUCACAUGGCUGGUUAUAACAGAAGGAACUACAAUGAAAGAUAUAUAAUAAGAACACAAUGUAACACAAUAAAUAAGUAAUUUUAUUGUGAAGAACAUUGAGAACUGGGUAAAUAUAUUCCUUAACAAAACUAGGUCUUGUUUUAUGGUCAAAUAUAUUUUCCCAUUCUCUAUACCUCUUAUCCUGAGAAUGGUAAAAUACAAUGUUGUAAAAAUAUAAUUGAGGUUUAUAAAGUUAAGCAUUACACUGUUAGAUAUUAAACAUGCUAGUAGACAGUAGAUGGUGCUGUAAUGUAAUGUAGGUCAUGACAUUAUGAUAGACUCAGAACAUUACACCUUGAUGUUAAAUGUGAUGAAUAGAUUGUGUUGUUCUAUUAUUGUAUUACAAUAUUUACUUGAUUCUGUAGCAGAAAAUGAGCACAUUUACAUGCAGUAUUAACUCCAAAAAGCAAAUUCACAUCUAAAUUUCAUUGCAGAGCUGUAAGAGUACUAGAAGUGAGUACAAAAAUGUCCUACACAGGCUGUCUUUUAGCAUUAUAACAGAUUGGUAUGUUCUUGUGAUUGUUUGUUAUGUAUAUAUUACUGUUGGGACAUAAUAUAUAAAGUGUUGGGACAUGCUGAACAGAGAUUUUUGUGAUCAUGCAAUACCUCAUAGUUACGAUAGACCUUCGUUUUUUUUCGAAGCUAUUACAUGGUGAUUUCCCAUCUGUUUUUGUAAUUUCAUUCUGUUUAAAAAGUCUGAAUAUUUCCAACAAAUAUUUUAUUUUCAAAGUAGUAGCUAACAAUACUUUACAGCUUUUGUGAUGUAAAUUAAUGAA